AUGGAUUUGACAUCUCCAACCAAAGACCAAGAGUCGCCAGGGUACUCGGAUCAUGGCGAACCAUCCUCAGAUACCAAUAGCCAGUCAUCAUUACCCCAGUCUUCAUCGAUAAAUGAACACGUCGAGCCACCAGAUGAUGACACCUGUCGGAUAUGCCGAGGAGAAGCUAGUGAAGAAGAGCCGUUAUAUCAUCCCUGUAAAUGUAGUGGGUCUAUCAAAUAUGUUCAUCAGGAUUGGUAA